CGGGCGCGGGACUUCCGGCAUUUUAUUUAUUUAUUUUUGUGGCGGUCGUUUCGACCGUUCUUGGGCCUGUGCGUACUUCACAGACUGAGUAGCGCUGGAUCGGAGCUGAGGUGACGGGCCCGAGGAGGCACGGGAGGAGUUGUCCCUGCUGCACAGAGGAGGGUCUCAGGCAUUUGGCUGCGAGGACUCUGCUGCCAGGUGUCUCUGCCCGGGUCGCCUGCCGCUCCCAGCCUUGCUCCGCCCACACAGUCCGAUGGCGGCGGCCGCGUUGAGGGACACGGCUCAGGGCUGUGUGACCUUUGAAGAUGUGGCCAUUUAUUUCUCCCGGGAGGAGUGGGGCCUCCUUGAUGAGGCUCAGAGGUUCCUGUACCAUGAUGUGAUGCUGGAGAAUUUUGCGCUUACAGCAUCCUUGGAUUAUUGGUGUGGUGCCAAGGAUGAGGAGGUACCUUCUGAGCAGAGCACUUCUGUAGAAGGAGACUCACAGAUCAGGACUCCAAAGGCAGGUCCAUCCACCCAGAAGACUCACCCCUGUGAGAAGUAUGUCCCAGGCUUAAAAGACAUUUUGUACCUGACUGAGCUCCAAGCACCAUAUCCUGGGCAGGAGCCAUACUUAGAUGGGGCAUCCAGAGGCUUCUCGUUCAGUGAAAACAUUCACCAGCACCAAAAGCAUGGCAGUGGAGAGAAAAUCUUCAAAAUGGAUGUGUACAGGGCCUCGUGUGUGACAAGCUGCAGAUUCCAUGUGUCAGGGAAGCCAUUCGCCUGUGGGGAGGAUGGAAAGGACUUUCUAGCUACCUCGGGCCUUCUCCAGCAUCAGGCCACUCCCAAUGGUGAGAAGCCACACAGCACCAUCAAGUGUGGGGAGCCCUUUAAUGGUGGAAAAAGUCAUGACAAGUGGAUUGAAAGCAGGAGAGUUUUCAGCAACACACACCCACUUCCCCACCAGAGAGCCUGUACUGGAGAAGGGCUUGCUAAGUGUAGCAAAUGUGGGAAAACCUUCAGCUGCAAAUACAGACUUGUUCAGCAUCAGCAAACUCAGAUUGGAAAAAGGAUUUAUGAGUGUGGUGAAUGUGGGAAAUUCUUUAGCCGUAAAACCCACCUCAUUCGACACUGGAGAGUUCACACUGGAACAAAGCCCUAUAAGUGCAUUGAAUGUGGGAGAUCUUUUAGCCAGAAAUCUGACCUCAUUCAACAUCAAAGAAUUCACACUGGAGAAAGGCCUUAUGAGUGCAGUGAAUGCGGAAAAUCCUUUAUCCAGAAAUCCAUUCUCAUUAAACACCAGAGAGUUCACACUAAUGAAAGGCCAUAUAAAUGCAGUGAGUGUGGGAAAUCGUUUAGCCAAAGUUCUGGCCUCCUGCGACAUAAGAGAGCGCACACUAGAGCAAGGCCUUAUGAGUGCACUGAAUGUGGGAAAUCAUUUAGCUGUAAAACUCACCUCAUUCGACACUGGAGAGUUCACACUGGAGAAAGGCCUUACGAGUGCAAUGAAUGUGGGAAGUCUUUUAGUGAGAAAUCUGUCCUCAUUCAACACCAAAGAGUUCACACUGGAGAAAGGCCUUAUGAGUGCAGUGAUUGUGGGAAAUCCUUUACCCAGAAAUCUGUUUUCAUUCAGCACCAAAGAGUUCACACUGGAGAAAGGCCUCAUGAAUGUAGUGAAUGUGGGAAAUUCUUUAGCCGCAAAACCCACCUCAUUCGACACUGGACAGUUCACACUGGAGCAAAGCCUUAUGAAUGCAGUGAAUGUGGGAGAUCUUUUAGCCAGAGCUCUGGCCUCCUUCGACAUAGGCGAACUCAAUGCAGUGAAUGUGGAAAAUUGUUUAGCUGCAAAUCUGACCUUAGUCAACACCAAAGAGUUCACACUGGAGAAAGGCCUUAGGUACACAGAGAAUGUGCUCUUUCUUUAGUAUAACGGCUUUGGAGGAAAGACUCUGUGAGGAGCUGUCUCUUUGAAUUGACUCAUAUAUCCAGACAUCCACAAACUAGAGAUUAUCCAUAAGUUUCGGUGAUGGGGGAAGCAUGUUUAACCUGUCCUGGGACCCUUGCCAAAUUUAUGUCACUAGCAAUUUCUGGCAAAAGCCAUUUCACCUCUACCACCUGGCAGGUCCACACAGCAUGUAUCAGCCACCACCCUAACCAGCUCAAGGAAGCGCACCUCUGCUCUCCCAUUUGUUGGAGGAAAUCCUGAGUGUCCUGAGCCUUUCUCUCUGACAAGUUAGGGCAUGGACCUGACACUAUGCUGGCCCAGAGAACUCCUGAGUUCUGCUGGUGGCUUGCAGAGAAGGAUUACCUUUUUCAGGGACAUAGUUGGUCUUAGGUAGUGCUUGUGAUGAAGUUUUUCAACUUCCAAGUUACCAAAUCAGAAACUUCCUGUUGCACAUUUUUCUGGUUUGUGCCAUAAUAAGGGCCUUUUUGUUUAAGUACCUUUAGUCUUGGAAUCUCUAUUCACUAUGUGGGUAGUUUGAAAGCACAAUAGGACUCUGCCAACUUGAAGGGGAAACAAAUUUUGUGAGGAUCCAAACUAUGCCUCAGAGGGGACAGUAGGAUGGCUGUUCUCCAGUUUGGCCUAGUUUGCGUUUCUGCCAGAGCCUCCUUGGAAAGACUGCUUUGUGGUCAUUCUUAAAAUGUUGCCUGGGGCCGGCCAAGUGGCGCGUUGGUUAGGAGUUGGCUUGGGACACCAACUCUGAGCAGGAGUGCCCCAGUUCAGA